GGCAUGGGUGCAAAACCACAAAGGAAAAGAAUGAAAACAACAAAUAAAUAAAAAAUCUAAAAACACGCUUUCCGGGCCCAAAACAACUAAAUUAUAUUCUACAACAAUGUUGAAAAAUUUAUUAGCUUUAAGACUCGCCAUUGCUUUAAAGACUUUUACAUAGCAUAGAAACACACUGAAGAAAAACACAAAACAUAGGCGACAUUUUCUUCGGUGAUAAUGCUUACCUAGCUUUUUUUUGCCAAUCGCCAAUAAAAAAUAAAGUAGAAGACCUUUUCCAGCAUUUUUAUAAUGAGAUAGAAGUUCCUUUCUUGUCACAGCGAGAAAAGCGCAUCAUCAAUUUGGCGAGUGAAGCAUCUUGCCUGAGUUCACCAUCUUCGUUCGAGUUUGUGACGUUUCAGGAAGUGCAGAAUGAAGGAAUAAACUGACUAACCGGUUGAGCUGCACAGCGGAGGAAUGCUCGCUAUGUCAAUGCUGUACUUUUCUCUUUUUUACAGUUAAUUUUUAAGAUUAUUUCACUGGGUUUUUAAAAACCUAGGUUUAUCAUCAUAAUUAUUUAAAUACCGCAACUCUGACUAACCUCUUGCUAGCAUCAACACGACAACAAAUCACUCCGCUAAUCAGAUCCUCGCUGAUUUCCAAUGCUGUAACACAACCUUCCGGUUUAUCGUAUCGAUGUCGUGGCAGUAGAGGUUCCAUUGUUUGUACAUCCUGUGCGAAAGAGCAACCACAACACGGAUGUUACUUCUCGCGCACACUCCCGAGGCAUCAUCAUCAUCAUCAUCACCAACAACUGUCAGCCCCUAGGAGCUUUACCAGCCGGCUGACUUCACUUCAGAACCGCAACUGAACAUGGAGGAUGAGGUGUUCCAGCAUGUUGUGUCCGUGUUCAGCUCGCUGGUGUCGUGGGUCGCCGCGGGUGCCAUCAUGUUCGGCGGGGUGGUGCCCUACAUCCCGCAGUACAGAGACAUCCACCGGACCCAGAACGCGGAGGGCUUCUCCACCUACGUGUGCCUGGUGCUGCUGGUGGCCAACAUCCUGAGAAUCCUGUUCAGAUUCGGUCGCUAUUACGAUGAUGCGCUGCUGUGGCAGAGCAUCAUCAUGAUCUGCACCAUGCUGGUCAUGCUCAACCUGUGCACCAACGUCCGCAUGGCCGCUGAACUCAGCACCAAGAGGCGCUCCUUCUUAGCGACAGACAGUAAGGACGAGGAGGUCAGAAUCCCUAAGAGGCUCUUUCUGGACUUUGACUGGACCUACUUCUGGUCCUGGAGUCGCUUCGUGGACUACCUUCAUUGCGUGCUGGCCUUCACGCUGCUGGCGGCCUACAUCACCUACCUCCUCCUGGACUCGGUGCUGUUCGUGGAGACCCUCGGCUUCCUGGCGGUGUUCACCGAGGCAAUGCUGGGAACGCCGCAGCUCUACUGCAACUACCAGAACAAAUCCACAGAAGGCAUGAGCAUCAAGAUGGUGCUGAUGUGGACCAGCGGCGACACCUUCAAAACAGGCUACUUUCUGCUCACGGAGGCCCCCAUGCAGUUCUGGACGUGCGGAUUGCUGCAGGUUUUUGUGGACGUCGCCAUCCUGUUCCAGGUCUACUACUACAGCCGCUACCCGCAGAAACCCGUGUCCCACACCGUCUCCCACACCACCAGUGCCAAAGCUCUCUGAGGUGUUGCCACGUGUCCUGAGGAAACUCCGUAAGGCGAGCGGCGAGGAAGGAGGGGGGGGGACGCCCAAAAACACGCACCAAAGGUGUUGCUGCUUCUGCACCUCGGCGGUCGCAGCAAUACCUUGAGGAACGCUGAACAAUCAUGAAGACUUCUUUCUUUCCCGGCGCUGAAAAUGCAUGCAUCGUGCAAUCGCACCCCACUCAACAAAUCAGCAUGUGGAAGAUUUUUUUAAAAAAUUCUAUAUGCGUAUAUUUUUUGUUCCAAGAGCAAAAACGCAACAUAUGAGAAUUAUUGAUAUGUUCAGAGCUCAGAGGAAGGUGGAUGAGUUUUUGGCACAUGCUGAUGAAUGUUGCACGGAACCUCUGCCUUAAGACUUGUAAUCAAACACGGCUCAACGCAUUGCCAGCAAUCCGAGUGGUGUGUUCAAAACCCGUAGAAAUCCACGUUACUGAAUGUGCAAACAGGCAUGUCUGGUCUAGUUGGACAGAAGUUCAAAAUCAUUGUUUUGUUGUCUUUUGGGUUUUUUUGUUUUUUUUUACAUAAGACCAAAUCAGGAAGGAAUUCUCUGAGAAUUUUUUCUCUGACUCUCCAGGACGUUACACUGGCCUGAAAAUGCAUCAUUUAGAAAAAACAAUAUUAGUGGCCUUGAGACAGAGAUAAGAAACUCAAGUUCCCUAUGGCAACAUAUGUUUUCUAUCUGCCGUUGAUAAAAAAUUUUCUAUGAUUAUUUUUAUUAUUCCUCUGAUGCCACAGAUUUCAGCCUAAGCUUUGCUUUUUUUGCCUCCACUCGACUGCUGGGUUGUGUCAUCAGAAGCUGGACUGAUUCAUUGAAGCACAUGGGUUUUAUAAUUUGGGUUACUGAUAUUGUGUAUGUUGUAUAUGUAAAAAAAAUAAUAAAAAAUUCAGCGCAGUUUUAGGACGCCCUCCUAACGGAGCUGGUCAGAUUUUCUGCAUAUUCAGACUUUGUUCCCGAUUCAUUGCUGUGGACCGAUUGCAAAAAUGUAACCAAAUUAAUGUAUUAUUUAAUAAUCCACAUGUGACAUCGUCCAUAUUUUCUGGGUGAGGCACGAUGUAUCGCUGUUUCUUCUGUUCUGUUUCUUCCCCUCAAAUUUAAAUCUUUCAAAUCGUCAAACAAAUUUUAAUACAAAACCUCCAAGAUUUAAUUUAUGAAAAGGACAAAAAGUGACCAGACCAGCCUGGUUCUGUGUGAAAAUGACAUGAACACCAGCCGGACCCAUGUCCGAUUGGUCCUUAUGUAGAACCUGCUUGACAACAUAAAGUAGGCUAAAAGAUCUCAAAAAGCUACACAUCAUAUUUGAAAUCAAAUCGGAAUAAAUGUAAUUAUAUUUAUCAGGUUGGAAACAAACCCCUUUAGAAGUUUGUUUUCAGAUUUUACACUAGAGUACACAGGUACAAAACACAACAAGUCCACCUCUGAAAGGUUUUAGGGUGGUGUAGUCAAAGUCUUGACUUCGAGAUGCCAUUAUAUGACAGGCAUUUCAUGCUCGUAGACCCUCCUAAGUGACCGUAUUGAUUGUACAUAGAGUGGGUUAAAAAUUCUCUACAGUAAAAUACUUAUUUCCAGUUACUGAUUGUUUACGUGUUCACAUGGGGUCAGUUUGGUUUGGAUAUCAUUUUUCGUUGUUGUGUCGCCUUUUGCAUUCAUUUUUAUUUGGUUGUGUUUAGUUGCGUGUUUGAUAAACUGAAACAAAAGCCAAAAACAGAAGAAAUCUGUAAAUGGACAAAUCCUUAAUGCCACAGACCGUUUUGUUUUUUUUUUUAAGUAUUGCAAAAUUUCAUUCGCACUGAAUUCUUUAAUCCAGUUCAGGUCUUUCUCAGCAUUCAGUUACCCUGGGAAUUUAGAUUGACAAAUCUUAAACGGACAAAACCCCUUUUGUCAAUUUAAGAACUGUUGUUCUUUUCUUUCCUGGAUUCAUUUGUAAUUUCUCUUUUACAAACUUUGCGUUCUGUAUUACUCUGUCCUAAAAGCCAUGUAACAGACUGAAAGCGCUUUGUUUUGAAAACGGUGUUGUGCAAGUCUAAAUGUGAGAAAACGAACCACAUAUUUUGUUGUGUACAGACUGGGUCCAGUCAAAUGAACCCAUUUGACUGGGUUCAUUUGACUCACAAGAUCUUAAUAUCUUGUGAGAGAAAAAAAAUUUCGCCGAAUUGAUUCGAUUUGUGUAAAUGGAAGUGUUUAUAUUCUCAAUUUUUGUACCUCCCUUUUUUGUUUUGUUUGCUUUUGUUAGUAAGCAGAAUUUUAUACCUUUCAAUUGAAAGGUAUAAAAUUCAAACUGUGCUACUGUGUCAGAAUGGGGUAUGUUACUCUGUCCAUUGUGUCACUGUCUUUAUUUUUAUUUUUUUUUACUGUUUUCCCCAAUAUUAUUAUAUUAUCAACCAAGUAUUUGGUCUUGAAAGGUUAACGCUGAGAACCUUAAGAGAUCAAACUGUGUUUUCUGCCUGAUCAACUAGAAAAGUAGGUUCCGCUGCUGUCAGUUGAGUCGCUCCAUGUAUUUUGUAUUAAAACCUGAGGGAAUCUUCAUCAGCGCAGACAGAGAAUCUGCAUAAAGUCUUAUGAGAUUAGGUAAUGUUUAUAUUAGGUCAUUGGUGCAGUUUGUGAUUUUUCAGCUCAUCCUCUUUCAUUUCUGUUGCUCACAGCAUCAACAACUAAGGGAUAAUUAGAACUACAUUUUCUCACCUAGCUGUUAGCCAUUGCCUGUGCAUCAGCACCCAAAAUAUCUCCUCAAUGUGAGCUAGCCUUAAGGAGUAAUGGCUAGCUCACCUCAAAGCAAGUAACAUGGAUGUUGGGGUGAUGUCAAGCUGACACCAUUUUCAGUUGUAAUUUUGAAAGCCAAUUGGAUUUGCCAAGUUUUAAAAAUAAAGGUUUACAAAGCCUACUGACCAAACCUGCUGCUUUAGUCAAUGCAAAUUGAAAAUGGUGUGUUUAUCAGCAUUUUCUACAUACAAUGAGAGGUUAAAAAAAAUAAGCAUUUUGUUACCAAAGCUGUAGCUAUGAUAUGAUAUUGGAUUUUGAAGUUGGGGCUUGUUAGAAAACUUUGACUCCUCACACUCAUGACUUGAAGAGACAUUCCAGUUGAUAUUCUACAACCUGGAACUUGGAAAUUCAAAAUCUACCAACUUAUUGAACGGGUUUGACAUUCCGAAGGUAAUAGAACCACGAUUAAAAAUACCACUAUCUCAGUAAUAACACAAAUCUAAAGCAACAAUGUGUAGUAUGAUUUCACUGCUGUUAUUAAAACAGCCUUCCAACAAGCUCAGUUUACCAACUUUAGUUUUAAAAUGCCAUCGUCUUACCAAAGUGUUUUUCUUUGCAAUUUGAAAUACUUCCUAACAGUUUUUUUUAUUGUUUCAUUUGUAAAUGAACUAAGUUCAGCGUAGAAAACCAUUUUCCCAGUUGGCUGGCCAACAAUGCUUAGCAACAGGUCAGUACUUCAUUACUACUGCAUGUUCCACUUUUUUGUGGCAUUUCAUGGACAAUAAACAGCAGAAAUAACAAUAAGAAAAAUGUGGUUGAUUUCAACAUAAUUUUUUACUGGACGAAGUCUGUUUACACAGCACUCUUCUAGUAAAGAGAUUAUGUAGCUUUUUCUCUAACCAGCUAGCAACAUUACCUCAUUAUCAUAACAUUAUCUCCUCGUUAGUAUAGUGGCAGUAUCCCUGCCUGUCACGUGGGAGACUGGGGUUCGAUUCCCCGAUGGGGAGUGAAGUUUGUUUCAGGUCCCUCUUGAAAAUGAGAUCUAGAUCUCAAUGGGGUUUACCUGCUUAAAUAAAGGAAUUAACAAAUUAA